AUGACAAAAAUCAUUUUAUUGAUUCUUGUAACAAUAAUUCUUAGUAUUACAAUUGAACAUUGUCAAGCAAAGACGAAUGAUGCAGACUUCGGAGAAAAUCGAAAGAAAACACUACGAUUAAAAGUAAAUAAACGAUUUGUUCAUAAAGAUCGUAUUCGUCGUCAAAAUCAAGAAUCAAUAUCAAAUGUUGAUACAGCAGCAACAGUUCUUUCAAUUCUUCCAUUAGAUCGUAUAGGUAAUAUUAUUGGUCAAAUCAUGUCAACUGGUCUUAAAGAAAUGUUUAAUCCAAAUGUUGGACAAAAAAUUGUUAAUGUUUUAGAAAAUCAAGCACCAUUAUUAUUAACAUCACUUUUUACCAAUCUUUAUACAACUCUAAGUGUUCCUGGAAAAGUACCACCAAAACCAAAUACAGGAACAUCACCAGUAUCAUUGAAUGAUAAUGCUGUUAAACAAUUAAGUAAUAGUUCAACAUCAGAAAUAAUGAAUGCUGUUCGACGUCCACCAGCGAAGUGA